AUGCUUUCCUCAAAGCCCAUGAAUCCUAUCAUCCAGCAUUCGACCCAUCCAGAUCAAGAUCGCGAUGGUGCCGACGUCGUCCACCUUCAGACCCAAACCAACCAUAUGACACUCCGUGAAGACUCCACCGCUCCAGGCUACGCUGCCAUCAGUAGCACCAAAACGGACGAACCGACGCCCACGCAGGGUGGCAGCGAAUUCGUCGUGUCCUCCCCGUCUCAGAUGGCCUCGCCAGCGUCCACGGCUGGUAUGGAAUCCACCCCUGGCGUCACUCCAGGAACCGUCGAUGCAAUCACCGGUCCAAGUGCCAGCGCUGCAAGGAUCCGCUCCGAAAAUCUCAAAAAGAUGGGUCUCAGCGAGCAUGCAGAUCAUUCCGGUGUCGCUACGCCCAUCGGCACCGGCGGUGCUUCCGCUCACCUGGCCCUGAACGACGACACAUCGGGAACCGUGUCACCCGUUACCAGUGGCACCCAGAGUCGCUCCGGCCUCAACAAGGUCCUCAGCGGCACGGUGACAGGGACCUCGUUCCAACCCGUCCAAGGUGCCGGUGCCAGCGGACUCGCUUCGGCCCGCGGCGUCGACAGCUCCAGCACGGAUGCAACAGGCACGCCUCCGCAGUUCAUCUUCCCCAAACUCGGCUCGCGACGCAACACCGAGCGCCUCGGCAGCAGCGGAGGACGCAAGCACGGCGAAAGCGGCAGCGGCACGGCAUCGCCUUCGGAUAACGACGGCCACGGCAAGAAGAAGAAGGACAAGGAGCACUCUGGCCACCACAACCCGCUCACCGACCUGCGCAAGUUCCUGCAGAACCACAUCGGACACCACAAUAGCGAGUCGCGCGGCGACAGCAGCCGCUCCGGCGUCGCAACGCCAAAGAGACACGGCAAGGACUCGCCGCCGCUCGGCGAAGACCACGCGCACUUGGCCAAAAAGUACGGCAAGUGGGGCAAGGUGCUCGGCUCAGGUGCCGGUGGUACGGUGCGUCUCAUCAAACGCUCCAAGGACCACACUGUCUUUGCCGUCAAGGAGUUCCGUCAGCGUAGACCCGGCGAGAACGAGAAGGAGUACAUCAAGAAGGUCACGGCCGAAUUCUGCAUUGGAAGCACGCUCCACCACAUCAACAUCAUCGAAACCAUCGACAUCAUCUCGGAUCACGGCCAUUACUACGAGGUCAUGGAGUAUGCCCCUUACGACCUUUUCAGCGUCGUCAUGAGCGGCAAGAUGUGUCGACAGGAGAUCUACUGCGUCUUCCGCCAGAUCUGCGACGGUGUCGAUUACCUCCACUCGAUGGGCCUUGCGCAUCGCGACCUGAAGCUCGACAACUGCGUCAUGACCACAGGCAAUGUGGUCAAGCUCAUCGACUUCGGCACUGCUACCGUCUUCCACUCUCCCGGCAAAAGCAAGGUGGUGGCCACCGGUGUGGUCGGAUCCGAUCCGUACUUGGCGCCCGAGGUACUGUCGCAGCAGACGUACGACCCGCGCCUGACGGACGUGUGGAGUUGUGCCAUCAUCUUCCUGUGCAUGAUCCUGCGCCGCUUCCCGUGGAAGUUGCCGGACAUGAAGUCGGAUCCGAGCUUCCGCUUGUUUGUCAAUUCGCAUCCCGAGCUGUGCAAGGCGCCUGCGUCCGAUGCGGCCAAAAGCCAGUCAAACAGCGAAGGUCCGAGCAGACAGAGCAGCACGGCUGCGUCGAGCGUCAUCGCUAGCCGCGUGACAUCGAGCGAGCACGUCUCGGCGCUGCGCAAGAAUCUGGGCAUGUCGACCAUCGAUGCUGUGACCAGCUCGGAUGACAAUAGCGCCACGCCGCAGAUCCGAUCGGCGCACGAGGCCGGCUACAUGACGCCGCACACGAUCAACUCGAACCCUCACUCGCCUUCGCUCAGCGACACGUUUGAGGCGAACAGGGUGCUCGGAGGUGAGGACGGCAACGGAGCGACCCUGAGCCCUGGCGCCAUGUCGCCGGUAGUCUCGUCACCAACCUCCACUCUGGCCGACGGCGGUGCAGCAGGCGAGGUUGGCAACGGAGGCGCUUUUGACGACGUGCGUCCGCAUGCGCACCGCAGCGACAGCGUAUCGUCGGCUUCUUCGCAGACGACGUUCACUUCGGGUGCCGCGGACAGCAUCUUCCGUCUGCUUCCACGAGAGACGCGCUCGGCGCUGUCGCGAAUGAUGGCAGUCGAGCCCUCGCUGCGUUGCACGCUGGGCGACCUUUUGCGUGGCCGUCGAUUCAGCGAUACGGACAGCCCGCUGACGCGCACGCCCGUCAUGUCGAGGAGCAACUCGACCGACAUGCUGCGUUCGGCGAUCGACGGCGCACACGCCCAAGCGCACGCGCACGACGGCACCACGUCCCCGCACGGCAUUAGCCGAGACGCUCACGCAGCAGGACUCGGCUCCAUCGGCCUGUCCGAGUUUGAGGACGACGACGAUAAGGGCGACGAGUGGUUGAAGAACAUCCGAACCUGCGCACACAUCUUGAAGGAUGGCAAGCCGGGUGAGCAACCCGACCACCCGCAUGUCAAGGUGAUGAGCGAGGAGAGCAAGCGCAAACACUCGCUGUUCCACCGCAAAGAGUGA